UUGUUUAGAUCUGGCAGCAUUGUGACUGUAUUGAUAUGAAGGAGCCAGCUGAACAUUAUCUAUGUGAACUCUGCCAACCCAGACCAGUGCCAAAGGAGAUUCGCAUGGUGCCCCAGCCCAAGUUUGCUCAGCCGGAUCAGACCUAUUACCUGUGCCUACAGAGAGAUGAAACGCUGACCGUCAGACAAGGCUGCUGCGUCUAUCUUGCCAAUGACAACCAACAUCAAAAUGCCGACGGAUCAGGGAUCAAGACCGCGGCGGAGGUGAUGUCAAACGUCGACCCCGCUGAACUCAAACAUAUUCAGAGUAGAUAAACUCUGGAAGAAUGAAAACGGUGAGCAGUUUGCCUUUGGCCAUCAUUUCCUGAGACCCUACGAGACUCACCACACUCCCUCCAGGAAGUUCUUCAAGAACGAGCUCUUCAGGGUGCCGCUGUAUGAGAUCAUUAAACUAGAGAUCAUCGUGGGAGUCUGCUGUGUCAUGGACUUCUACACGUACUGCAAAGGGAGACCUAAAGGUGUGGAGGAGAAGGACGUGUAUAUCUGUGAGUACCGUCUGGACAAGACUGCGCAUCUCUUCAAUCCCAUCAGCCGCAAUAAAUACCCCAUCUGCACCAAGACCUACGCCUUUGACAAGUUUGACAAGAAACUGGUCCCCAAGAGAGACUACUCGCCACACCUUGUACCGGAGCAUUUUAAGAGGGGUUAUGGUGGCCGCGCCACAUGUAGCAAAGACAAGACAGAUGGGGAAGAAGGUGACAGCAACGCACCCCAGGAGGGUCACAGUGCACACCCAGUGAUAAACAACAGCACAGAAACAAAGGCAGCACGGGAAAGAACAAGACCAACAGUGCCGAUGAGUCGAAGAAACUCAAAAAAAUCAACAAGAAGCGAGAGAAGGAGCAAUCCUUGGCAAUGAGACGGCUGAUAGAGCAGCAGAAAGCUGAGAGAAUAGCUGUCCAGAAGGACCGACUCAAUGGACUGCUGCUGGGUCUACUAGCCAAGCUACCUAACAAACAGCCUGUUGAUCUGACGUACUUACUGGAGGAAGGAAAUGGCAAACGUCGCUGCAAGAGGCCGCCUCAUUCAUUGGAUGGAUUUUUCUGACGGCAUGACUCUGAGAAGAUCUACCUUGAUGGUGUCUGGAGGUGUCAGCAUCUCCUACACUGAUUGAGGUAGAUGCUGAUCCUGACAAUGAACGACUAAUCAGCUUCCAAGAUCAACUCCUUAUAUUUGGCUUUUUCGUGGGUAUGAAAAAGAAGUUUGACAGUCUAAAAGGUCACAAAUUUUCGAACAUUGUUGAAAGCUCUGUAAAGAGUUUGCGUAAUGAGGAGCUAUUACAAACGUAGCUACAGUACACUUGUGCAGUGAACAAAAAUGCCACUUGCAAUGAUUUGUGCUGAAAAAAAGGGAUACAUGCAGUUGAUCUUUGUUUGGUCACAAGCCCCGCCCACUUUUGGUGUAUUGACCAGUUGACUGAGUUUGAUAGGCUGACCAUGGUCACCUGACUAAAAGUUGUGAUCUAAUUGGUCCAUGUGCGGGUUUGAUUGACAGACAGAAAGGGUCCCUUUACAGAUUGACAGGUGGUGGACACAAGUUCUGACAGAUAACGUGGUCAGCCAUUUAAUACGGGCGACUUUUUAAUGCAGAUCUGAAUAAUCAAGUAGAAUUUUGGACAGUGAUAGAUAUUUUUAUCGUGAUGGUUUAAAGUUUAUGUUCUAGCUUUGCGGCUGUUCAGAAUUGCAAAGGAUAGGGGGACAACGAUGUUCACUGGAUUGUUUAUUUUUUACUGAACAAUAAACUGGUUGUAAUUAAUUUGUGUAUAAAGUGUUUGGUUUGGAAGAGAGCAUGCUAGAAAAGAACAGGUCGG